AUGAAGAAAGAACAAAACUCUGAGGGCAGAGCCGUGAUUGCAAAGACCAAGGCUGACAAUACCUCCUUGGGCUACAAGGGAGGGGCUGCCACCCCAGCUCGCCCGGAGGACAAACUCACCUCUUUACAGGUGCUUCUGCCCUUGGACCCGCCUCACUCUAGCUCACUUUCUUACCUCAGAGCCUCCUUCGUCUCCUUGAAGUGCAGCCCCAACCUUUCGUUUUCACCAUUUUACUUUCGAGAAGACCAGGCUCAGGAGGGCAUGUGGCUUGCACAAGAGGAUGGGACCCUAUUUUGUGACAGUAAAAAGGUGGUGCACGCCACGGAGGGGCUGGAUUGGGAGGACAAAGAUGCUGCGGGGACACUGGUGGGAAACGUGGUGCACACAAGGAUCAUCAACCCUCUGCGCCUGUUUGUUAAACAGUCUCCAGUCCCCAAGCCCGGACACUUGGCGUAUGCAGACAGCAUGGAGAACUUUUGGGAUUGGCUGGCCAACAUCACGGAAGUUCAGGAGCCCUUGGCCAGAACUAAACGGAGGCCAAUAGUGAAAACGGGAAAAUUUAAGAAAAUGUUUGGAUGGGGCGACUUCCAUUCCAACAUUAAAACUGUGAAACUCAACCUCCUCAUCACGGGGAAAAUCGUUGACCAUGGAAAUGGAACCUUCAGUGUUUAUUUCCGACAUAAUUCCACAGGCCUGGGCAAUGUUUCAGUGAGCUUGGUACCCCCCUCCAAAGUGGUGGAAUUUGAAGUUUCCCCACAGUCUACCUUGGAGACCAAGGAAUCCAAAUCUUUCAAUUGUCGCAUUGAGUAUGAAAAAACAGAUCGGGCGAAGAAGACUGCCCUGUGCAACUUUGACCCGUCCAAGAUCUGCUACCAGGAGCAGACUCAGAGCCACGUUUCCUGGUUGUGUUCCAAGCCCUUCAAGGUCAUUUGCAUCUACAUUGCCUUUUACAGUGUUGAUUAUAAACUUGUGCAAAAGGUCUGUCCUGACUACAAUUACCAUAGUGAGACUCCAUACUUAUCUUCUGGAUGAAUCUUUCCACAGCCAAUAGAAAGGAAGGACAAAUAUAUAUUCAGUUAGAAUGACCAAGAACCAAGCCGGCUCUUCAUGAUAAAGGAUCCCUUUUGUUUCUGGCAGUGAACCUGCAUUCCCUCUAAGGUUUUCAAAUUAAAAAAAGAAAGAAAAAGAAACAUCUUUAAAUGUGAAUUGUGUUUGUUUUGAUCAUAAGUACCUUAAUCUAAAGAGUCAAACUGUGUAUGAAGCCAUCGCUCUCACGUAGGCGGGCUAAGUCCUCCAGAUAUUAUUGUUUCUCUAAGAGUCGACGGUAGAGCAACGUGUAACAGGAAAGAACCAAAUUAUGCAUGUGAUAAACAUCGCUCUUGAAAUGAGCCAGCCUUUGAAAUAUGUUUCGGAAAGUUACCUUAAAAAUAGCAGAUUCAGUAAAGUCACUGAAAAGAUUGUAUUUGAUAGAUGAAUCACAUUUCUGACAUCAAAUUCUUUUUUUAUUGCUGUCUUUUCUCACACAUCUGUGCUGUUACUGAUAUGAGAGAUGAAGAGGUAGAAUUUGUUUCAAAACUCAUGUGUGAAGUUACAGUGCCACAGGGGAACGAAAUACAUUAUUAACUGAGCUAGAGUUGAGUGGAGUGGGAUUUAAACACUUAACCCUGGGUUGGUCACCAUCCUUAGGCUUCUCAUCUGAGUAGCAAUAUUAGUGUAUUAAGAAAGCAAAUCUGGAUCUAUUGUAAGUCAGUUCAACAAUAAUGACGAUCAGGGUGUUUUUAGAAUGUUUUGCCAAAUUCAAUGAUGUGAGGUUGUCAAAAAUAUCAUAAAUCUGUAUUCACCCUAUAACCUCAUUCUACUCAUUUGGUAGUAUGAUUUUUAUAUACUUGUGUGUGACAACGCUGAAAUUGAGAGAAAGUGAUUGUUUUCUAGGCUAGAAUGGGAAAGAAAUUGGAACUAGAGGGAGGGAGUUCUGGGAUAAUGUGUUCAUUAUUUCUAGCCUCUUAGGUUCAGUUCUUCUAGCAUUUAGUUAUUUACAUAAGGGAUCAGAUGGUGGAAAUAAAGAGCAUAUUUAAACAUUGCUAAUUAUUAAGUGUUAAUAACCAAGAUAUCUGACUCACCAGGCUUUUGAGAUGACUUCCUAAUUAAUGUUGCUUCACAACCACGUCCUCCUUAUCUUCUCUGAAGGGGUCAGCGGUCAUCCUGUGUCAAAGAACUGGAUGGUCUUUGAAUGAGCACAGAAGGAUAGUCUGGCUGACCAGUGCAAAGGUUUCUAGAGCUUGUAAGACUCAUGGAAUGGUUAUUCUUUUUUACAAUAGAUGUUAACUUUUUCCCCCUUCUUAUCUGUAAAAUAUCAGUUAAAGUAAAACUUUAAAUUGAGGACUGAAGGAAGACCAGUCCUAACCAACAAAAAGGCUCUUAUUAUGUUGUUCAAACAGCUAAUAGCUUGCAUCUCUAUUUUGCAUCUCCAUCUCUUUCAUUUUCCUGGUGAUAUCUGCACAGUGUUUGGUUUUUGUCUUUUGUAAAAAUUGUACUAGACUUAGUGUGUGGUAGUACAGGCUUGAAAUUUUUGCUCUGAGUUCAUCGGGUGCUUUUGUAAUCUUGUGGUUGGUGUGAAAUACUUUGAGACAUCUUUUUAUUUUCACCUAGAAGCAAGAUUAAAAUACUAUUUAUUGUAAAAUAUGUGGGAAGCAUAUAUGUAUAUACACUUAGAAUUUUCCGUGUACAGAGAAAGUAUGUGUACACAUUUCUAUGUAAAUAAAAAGAAUUUGCUAAAUCUGUCA